CUGGUGCUGGCGGUGCAGUGGAUAUUACAUUGGCCAGGUUGCAAAAACCAACAACGAACGGAAGAUUUUGGAUCAAUAGUCGGUCGCCUCCAUUCACCCCGGAAUACUCAUGGCUCUUCCUCAGCUCUUGAACGCACUCGACACGUUGAAAGAACAGGCCAAGGAUGCCAUAUGGGCUAUAUCCUCUUGUAUCUGCCAACAGUCGGCACGGGUAAAAAUUAACGGGCGGACGUUUAACAUCGUCAAAGUGCUCGGAGAAGGCGGGUUCUCGUUUGUUUAUCUUGCACAGGAUGAAACGAGUGGUCGACAAUUUGCGCUAAAAAAGAUCAGAUGUCCCACUGGCUCAGAAGGUGUGAAGGAAGCCAUGCGCGAGGUCGAGGCAUACCGACGAUUCCGGCACCCUAACAUUAUUCGGAUACUUGAUUCCGCAGUGGUGCAAGACCCAGAAGGCGAAGGUCAAAUCGUCUACCUUUUCCUCCCACUAUACAAGCGGGGAAAUGUGCAAGAUGCCAUUAAUUCGAAUGUAAUCAAUGGGAAGCAUUUCUCAGAAAAGGAGAUGCUUCGUAUCUUUAAAGGGACCUGCGAGGCCGUUCGCGCAAUGCACGACUACCAUGCAGGUGCUGGGUCGGAAGCACGUCCCCAGAUGUCUCCUACGCGUCAUGCCAUGGGAUCGUCGUCGCGUACGCGCUCGCCGGUCGACCACCAUUCCGAUGACGAAGAGCAAGAUGAACUAUUGUCGCACCCUGAAGGUGACGAGGACGGCGGAUAUGCCUACAAGUCGUCUGUGAAUGUGCCACUUGUCACCACGCGCCGUGUAGAGGAAGGUGACACCGUAUUCGAUGGCGACGAGGACACCCGAAAAGUGAAUUCGAACGAUGGCAGCACCAGAACAAACCUACACGUACCUUACGCCCACCGAGAUAUUAAACCUGGAAAUGUCAUGCUUGCCGAUGGUGGUAUGCCGAUCCUCAUGGAUUUCGGAAGCACGGUCAAGGCCCGGAUCCCCAUAGAAUCAAGAUCACAGGCACUGGUACAGCAGGACAUCGCAGCUGAACAAAGCACCAUGGCAUACAGAGCGCCUGAAUUGUUCGAUGUCAAGACUGGCAUUACCCUAGACGAGAAAGUGGACAUCUGGUCACUUGGAUGCACUUUGUAUGCCAUGGCAUAUUCGCAUUCACCGUUUGAAAACACUCAGACGACGGAGCAAGGAGGUUCGAUUGCCAUGGCCGUCCUCAACGCACAGUACAGCCAUCCAGACUCAGCAUAUUCACAAGGCCUUAGAGAACUUAUUGACAUGAUGUUGAAGGUCAACCCAAAGGACCGGCCAGAUAUUCAUCAGGUCGUCGCAGCUACUGACAAUCUUCUUCGAUCUUUUGCGUAGAUAGACUGGACACGAUCUGCAGAGGAACUAGGAUGUAGUUUAUUCAGGAAGUCGAAAAUAUACAUGACAUACCAGUUUACCCCUAGCACCUGAUUA